AAGCAAAAUACAUGGAUCUGGAAGACCAACCAGAACCAGACCAGACAGGAGACUCAGACUUCUACUUCAAGUCUUCACUCUUCAAUUUCCCUUACAUUCAUUCAACUAAUCUCCUAAUUCCAAAUCCAAAUCCAAAUCAUUUCCCAUUUCUACUACACUCACUCAAAACCCCACAACCUGGGUUAAUUAGCAUCAUCAUUCAAACAGCAAAAAACGCUACCUUAAUCUGUGUCUGAUCCAGGUAUUCUCUGAAACUGUGAUCUGGGGUUGAUUUAUGUACUGCUACCAUGUUGGUAUUCAUGGAUGUAAUGAAACCCAAUAUGGAUUUUGACAAGAAAAGCAACUGGGUAUUCUAGUUUACUGAAUUUAUAGAGGAAAGUUACGAACUUUUUUCAGUUGGAAUCAUGAAGUUUCCUUUUUCAGCUUUUGCUCUUUGGUUUGUUUGUGACCUGUUGAUGGUCAUUGUUGUUGCAAAUUCACAUUUUCCGGAGGGGAUGAGUCAAUUUGAUAGAAACUCUCAUGUAACGUAUAGCUAUGACCGAAUCGGUGAGGUUCAGAAACAAUGUGCUUCUGUCUUAUCUGCUUCAUCUGAAUUGAGAUCUGAGUAUGGUGGGGUUACUGGUAUGAAGGGAGAGCUUUCUUUUGUGAAUGGGGAUUGGAUGCAGGAUGAGGGUAAGUUUCCCAUAAUGCCGUUUGAUGCUCGGAAAUCUCCAGCGUUCGUGUCUGAAGAUCAUACUCCAUUGAAGUUGGCAUCUUUUUGGGUAACCGAUGUUGAUCAUGCCCAUCGAUUGAAGAAGUUGGUCCCGGUCAAUGGUUUCAUGGUGGUGGGAAUCACUAAAGAUGGUAAUUUUGAGGAUAAUGUCAAUUCAUUUGAUGGGAAUCCUGAUUUUCGGUUAUGGCCUGGCCAUUCUCAGCUUUCAAUUUCCUUUCAAGGGGUUUACACUGAAUCGAAGAAAAAUGGCGGGGAAAGGGUGUUGUGUUUGCUAGGGAGCACAAUGCUCCCAACUCGAGAGGCUGAUCCUGCCAAUCCGUGGGAAUGGAUGAAGACUCCUGGUGAGAUACCUCUGUCGGAAGAUGAUCAAAUUCUUCUAGUUCUUCGUUAUCCCUUGACAUUCACAUUGACAAAUAGGACAAUCAGUGGAGAGUUAAGGAGUUUGAACCGUGAAUCAAAUUCUAAACACUUUGAUGUGGUUCACAUCUCGUCGCAGUUAGGCAAGUUAGCAAAGUACACAUUUGGCUCACAACAUAUGGUAUCCAAAGCAUGCAGUCCAUACCCAUAUAAAGAUAACCUGACGAAUGAGUUCAUUAGUGCCUACAAAGGGGCAAGGUUUUGUGAAAUUCUUGAAGAAAUUACUAGAGAGAAACCUUUUUCUGUUGUGCCAAACUGGAGAUGCAAUGGCACAGAUGAUUUCUGCAGUAAAUUAGGACCUUCUUUGUCUGACAAGGAAAUCAAAUCAACAGAUGGAGGCUUUCAAGAUGUUAAACUUUACAUGCAGGAUAUUAUCUGCGCCCAAGCAGCUAGUAAUAGUAAUUCUGGUUCUUCUGCCAGGGUAUCUUCUGUUUUUAGAGCAGUUUCUCCAUCAGAGAAUCAGUACACUGCAGCAAAGAGAUCCGGGCCCAAUAACCUGUCGCUUGCCACCGAAGGGAUCUGGAAAUCUUCUAGUGGGCAGCUUUGCAUGGUUGGUUGCCUUGGCUUUGUUGAUGCCAAAGGGAGUAACUGUAAUACACGGAUUUGUUUGUAUAUACCUACUACUUUUUCCAUGAAGCAACGCAGUAUUAUUUUGGGAACUUUGUCUCCCAUUAAUAACAGUAGUUCCUUCUUUCCUCUAUCAUUUGAGCAGCUUGUUCUACCUGCAGAGCUCUGGAAUUAUUUCAGGUUCACUCAUCCAAAUUACAGUUACUCGAAAAUUGACUUGGCUGGCACUGUCCUGGAAAAAAAUGAGCCCUUCACUUUCAGGACUGUCAUCAAGAAAUCAUUGCUAACAUUCCCCAAACUUGAAGAUAGUGAAGCAUUCCAAGAUAGUCUGUCCCUUCUUUCAGAAGAUCUCACUUUUCACGUCCCAGGUUUUCCUGAUCCUAUGCCUAAUGUUCUGGCCCCCAGAGUUGACAUUCAGAUGGAGAUUCUCUCCAUUGGUCCCUUGUUUGGCCGCUAUUGGUAUGCUCAAAAUGGUUCGAAUGGGGAACAGGAAGCACCAUAUCAUGCAAAUGCUGCUGAAUAUACAGAAAAACAACUUCUUUUAAAUGUAUCCGCACAACUCAGUCUUACUGGUAAAGGCUAUAAUAAUUAUUCUGUACUUUAUCUGGAAGGACUUUAUGACCCACAUGUUGGAAAGAUGUAUCUAAUUGGUUGCAGAGAUGUGCGAGCAUCGUGGAAGGUCUUGUAUCAGAGCUAUGAUCUUGAGGCUGGAAUGGACUGUUUGAUUGAGGUGGUUGUCGCUUAUCCUCCGACUACAGCUCGGUGGCUAGUCAAUCCCACUGCUACAAUUUCUAUAGAAAGUCAAAGGACUGAUGAUGACACUCUUAAAUUUAAUACAAUAAAGCUCCAAACCUUUCCAAUUAUAUACAGGAAGCAACGCGAGGAUGUCCUCUCAGAAAGAGGUGUUGAAGGGAUUCUUCGAAUCUUGACACUUUCAUUGGCAGUUGGUUGCAUUUUAAGCCAACUGUUCUAUAUAAAGCAAAAUGUGGAUUCUCUUCCAUAUAUAUCUCUUGUUGUGCUAGGUGUUCAAGCUCUUGGGUAUAGCAUUCCUCUGGUCACAGGUGCAGAAGCUCUUUUCAAGAAAAUGGUUUCUGAAUCUAAUGGUGUAUCAUCUGGAGAAUUAGACAGCAAGUGGUUCCAUGUCAUUGAUUACACGGUGAAACUGCUAUUGAUUGUAUCAUUGCUGCUAACUCUGCGGCUUUUUCAGAAGGUGUGGAAGUCUCGCAUCAGAUUGCAAACGCGUACUACUCAUGAGCCACUUUGUGUCCCUAGUGAUAAAUGGGUGUUUCUCUGUACCUUCACCGUACAUCUGGUUGGGUUUGUACUUGUUCUAUUAAUUCAUAGCACAAAAACAAGUCCGACGUCUGUUAGAACAAAGGCAUUUGGGACAGAAAGAGAAAAUUCUCAUUCAGCGCCGGAUUGGGCAACAGAAUUGGAAGAAUAUUCAGGUCUUGUCCAAGACUUUUUCCUGUUUCCUCAAGUUAUUGGGAAUUUAAUCUGGCAUAUCAAUUGCAAACCACUCAGAAAGCUAUAUUUUGUUGGAAUCAGUUUUGUCAGACUGCUUCCUCAUGCAUAUGAUUACAUUCGAGCUCCAGUUCCAAAUCCUUACUUUUCUGAGGACUCUGAAUUUGUCAAUCCAAGUUUUGAUUUUUACUCAAAAUUUGGAGAUAUUGCCAUUCCUAUGAUUGCAAUUAUUCUUGCACUUAUGGUCUAUGCUCAACAAAGAUGGAGCUAUGAGAAGCUGAGUCAGAUUCUAACAUUUGGGCAGUAUAAGCUUCUGCCGACUUUCAGAUAUGAGAGGUUGCCUUCUAACUCUGUUGAAACUGAACUAGUUCCUGGUAUCAAUGGUGGUGCUGCAAAUGAGAAAGAGCAAGUUGAUGUAGAAUAGUGUUGACACUUGCAUUUCUGACAAAAGUUGUAUACGUACAUGAAAAGUAGGUACAAGUUUGGGUGGAUGUAUUUUGUAUGAGAGAUUGAGUUACAUACAGAAUAAUCAAAUGAAUUGUGGUUUUACUCUGCAA